ACACACAUUUCCCUGAGAUGGCUUCAGACCUCACUGUCUAUGUCUUCCGGUUCUGGAGUAGGGCUGUAGUGUUUAAAUCUGGCGCGCUUCACAUGGAUUGGCUACACCGGAGAGUGGUUUGCUGUGGGCUCGCUGCAGCUCCUCCUCGCCUCUUUCCCCGGGCAGAAGGUUUUCAAAUUCUACCAAUCGGAGGGCGCGUUCUCUCAGCCGGGGCGCGCCACCGAUUGGUUAACUGCAGCCAACCGGAGGCGGGUAUUAAAGAAAAGAGCCAAUCAGGAGGGCGCGGGGGUGUGCCCUGGGGGGCUUAUAAGGGCGGCUUCUGGGCGCGCGCGGCACCAGUUGGACUGCGGCGGCGGCUGUUUUUCGUCCCUGCGAGGCGUUCUCCUCAACGUACAUCUACCUCACGCAGCAUGUCGGGCCGCGGCAAGACCGGCGGCAAGGCCCGCGCCAAGGCCAAGUCUCGCUCAUCACGCGCCGGCCUCCAGUUCCCGGUGGGCCGCGUGCACCGCCUGCUGCGCAAGGGCCACUAUGCCGAGCGAGUGGGCGCCGGCGCGCCAGUCUACCUGGCGGCGGUGCUCGAGUACCUCACCGCCGAGAUCCUGGAGCUGGCGGGCAACGCGGCCCGCGACAACAAGAAGACGCGGAUCAUCCCUCGCCACCUGCAGUUGGCCAUCCGCAACGACGAGGAGCUCAACAAGCUGCUGGGCGGCGUGACGAUCGCCCAGGGAGGCGUCCUGCCCAAUAUCCAGGCCGUGUUGCUGCCCAAGAAGACCAGCGCCACCGUGGGGCCGAAGGCGCCCGCCGGCGGCAAGAAGGCCACCCAGGCCUCGCAGGAGUACUGAGGCCGCCUGCGCCGCCACGGCCGCCGCCCGGUCUUCCCUUCGCCACCACAAAGGCCCUUUUAAGGGCCACCACAGCCCUCACGGAAAGAGCUGGGCCACGACGGGCUCCCGGCCGCGCGCUCGCCCCCUCCCCAGCCUCGCCGCCGCCGCCGCCGCCUGCCCGCCCCUCCCCCGCGCGGCCCGCUCCCGCUGUGGCUCCGCCGAGGACGGCCGUUUGAAAGCCGCUCGGCCCCGGGGUCCAGCUCGUGACUGCUGGCCUGGCCGCAGACGCUGAUGGGCUGCGGGGAGGACGCGGCGCCUAAUGGAAGGCUGGGCCGGCCGUGCUGACGCAGGGCCGGGGAGCGCGGCGGGAAGGUGAGUGGGUGCAGAGGCCGCCGGCGGGGCCGCGCGCGUUACUCUCCAGCCCGUUGCUCCGGCCGCGACUUCAGACGGAACUCGAUUUCGGGCGGCGGCGGAGUCGGUCACAUUUGUUCCGGGGCCCCUUUGCUGCCGGGUCCCGGGCCUUGCACGUCCGCGCUCCCUCCAUCUCCGCUCGCAGGCCCGUGCGCGUCCGGACGAGACACUUGGCGGUGUGAGCGUCUCCCGCGGUGGCCGGUCCGGGCGGGGUGGGGGCCGCGCCCCCAGGCCCGCUCCCCUCCCGGCGGGCCCACUGGGCAAGCCAAGCACCUAGAUACCAGCACUACUAGUCCAUUAACCCCCGUCUGGACUGAGCCGCCGUUGGCUUCGGAACUGGAAUUUUGCAGCUAACCCAUCCGAGACUAGUACUUUAGAUAUUGGGGAGUUUCAGAUGGACUAAUUUUGUUUAUUAAAGGAUUGGUUUUUAUAUAUA